UUUCUGGUUCGAUCCCAUCGACUUUUGAUAAAAUGAAGAGUUUACGGUUUGUUGAUUUGUCGUAUAACGACUUGGAAGGCCCAAUUCCUGAGAGCAAGGCUUUUGAAGAGGCAUCAGCAGAGUCAUUUGAGAACAACAAAGCUCUGUGUGGAAAGCACACCAGUUUGAAGAAUUGUCCAGUUCAUGUGAAGGAUAAGAAGGCAGUUAUUUCUCCACUUGCUUUGAUUCUCAUUCCUUCUUUUGCAGUUUUGGUAAUUGCAUUGUGGAUAAGCAUUGGAGUUGUAUGUGCCUUGAAAAGCAGUGAAAGAAAAAAGAGGGUUAAGGUGAGAGACUUACACAAUGGAGAUUUGUUUUCAAUUUGGAGUUAUGAUGGAAAAUUGGUAUAUGGAGAUAUAAGGGAAGCAACUGAAGGCUUUGAUGAUAAGUAUUGCAUUGGGGUUGGAGGACAUGGAAGUGUUUACAAGGCUAAGUUGUCCACAGGCCAAGUUGUGGCAGUGAAGAAGCUGCAUUCUCUUCAUCACUCCAAGUUGGAAGAUCAAAGAGCAUCAGAAAGUGAGAUAAGUGCAUUAACGAAAAUCCGACAUCGAAACAUUGUAAAGCUUUACGGGUUCUGUUUUCACGCUCGAGAAUCGCUUUUAGUCUACGAGUACUUAGAAAGAGGAAAUUUGGCCAACAUGUUGAGUAGUGAAGAGCUAGCAAAAGAACUGAAUUGGAUGAGAAGGAUCCAUGUUGUAAAAGGAGUUGCCAAUGCUCUAAACUAUAUGCAUCAUGAUUGCGCGCCUCCAAUCAUCCAUCGAGAUGUUUCGAGUAACAAUAUACUAUUGGAUUCAAGCUAUGAAGCUCAUAUUUCUGACUUCGGCACGGCUAGACUCAUAAACAUCGAUUCAACGACUUGGACUGCAACAGCUGGUACUUAUGGAUACAUAGCUCCAGAGCUUGCAUAUACAAUGAAGGUUACACCAAAAUGUGAUGUCUAUAGCUUCGGAGUAGUGACACUUGAAACAAUCAUGGGGCGUCACCCGGGUGAGCUUAUAUAUGCUCUUUCAACUACAUUAUCAUCACCGUCAUCGUCGGCCACAGGUUUGGAACCAUUGAAUGUGGAAUCCUUACAGUUAAAGGAUAUCAUUGACAAGCGCUUACCAACUCCUACUGCUCAAAUGGCUGAGGAAAUACUCACAAUGACUAAACUAGCAUUGGCUUGUAUUAAUGUCAAUCCUCAGUUUAGGCCAACAAUGAAGAAUGUAGCUCAAGAUUUAUUGACUCCUCGACGAGAGCUUCUCAAGCUGUUUUCUAGUAUCACAUUGGGAAAACUUGUGAACUCGGAUGAUAUCCAAGAAGGCAAGAGCCUUUCUGAUUCAAUGUCGAGCAGUUGAGAGGAAUGUAGAAUAAUGACUGAAAAAACCCAAAUAAAAUAAAAUAAAAUAAAAUAAAAAAUCCAACUUGUUCGUGAGCAACCUUAUUUGGUUGAUAGGCCAGAAAAAUAGGAUUUUUUCCUAUUUAUUUUUAAAAAGUAAAAAUAAAAAACACAUCUGAUUAGUAUUUUCCCUCC